AUGGACUCUCACCAGGAGCACUCUAGUUCGAAUGGACAGAACUAUCUCACUGAGUCUUUUGCGCAUCACUCUACCCCCGAUGGACAAAACAACGCCGCAACCGCCGAAGAAUCCUCUGAACAGGCCGUCACUACCGAACAGGUCAAAAACGAAACUGCGGAACCUAUCAAACUGACUUCGACCUCCUCCCUCAGCUCAUCUUUUGCAAGUGAAGAUGGCCGCUGGGGUGAGCAGGAAAAGGGCGACCCCGUCUCCCGCCGCGGCGCCAUGGAAGACCUGGAGGAAAUGCGCCGCGAACUGACCCGUCUUAGUCUGCAUCGCACUCGGUCAACCAACAAGAGCGGCUGUCGCCUGCAGUCACUUACUAGCCGUCGCGUCGAAGAGAAGGGCAAAGAGGAGGAAAGCGAUAUCGAAACCGAGGACUUCGAUCUGGGCGAGUUCCUCAUCAGCGGUCAUCUGGAGCGCCGCACCACCGCCGGCGAACCCGCCAAGAAGGUCGGCGUUGUCUUCAAGAACCUCACCGUCAAGGGCGUGCAGACUGGCGCGUCGUUCGUGCGCACCCUCCCCCACGCCGUGGUGGGAACUUUCGGUCCGGAUUUGUAUAAACUUGUCUGCCGAUUCGUGCCGCAGCUGCAUUUCGGCAAGAAGCCUCCUGUUCGUGAUUUGAUUCAUGAUUUCACUGGUGCCGUACGGGAGGGUGAGAUGAUGCUCGUGCUGGGUCGUCCUGGUGCGGGUUGUACCACUUUCCUCAAGGCUAUCGCCAAUGACCGGGCUGCGUUUGCUGGAAUUGAAGGCGAGGUCAGCUAUGGUGGCCUCUCGUCUGAAGAUCAGAACAAGCACUUCCGUGGCGAGGUCAACUAUAAUCCUGAGGAUGAUCAGCACUUCCCUUCUCUCACUGUGUGGCAGACUCUUAAGUUCUCUCUUAUCAACAAGACUCGCAAGCAUGACCGUGAGAGUAUUCCUGUUAUCAUUGAUGCUUUGUUGAAGAUGUUCGGUAUCAGUCAUACCAAGAAUACACUUGUCGGUAACGAGUAUGUGCGCGGUGUGUCCGGCGGUGAGCGCAAGCGUGUCAGUAUCGCCGAGACCCUGGCCACCAAAUCGUCGGUCGUCUGCUGGGACAACUCAACCCGUGGUCUGGACGCCAGCACUGCUUUGGACUAUGCCAAGUCCCUGCGCAUCAUGACGGAUGUCAGCAAGCGCACGACCUUCGUCACCCUCUACCAAGCUGGAGAGAGCAUAUACGAGCUCAUGGAUAAGGUGAUGGUCCUCGAUGCUGGCCGCAUGCUCUACCAAGGUCCCGCCAAUGAAGCCCGCCAAUAUUUCGUCGACCUCGGCUUCCACUGCCCGGAUCAAUCCACCACGGCUGACUUCCUUACUUCCCUUUGCGACCCGAACGCCCGCCAAUUCCAGCCCGGCCGUGAAGCAUCCACCCCCAAGACCGCCGAGGAACUCGAGAAAGUCUUCAAGAACAGCAGCUCUCACAAGUACAUUGAGGAUGAUUUCUCCAGCUAUGAGAAGCGUCUCCAGGAUACUCAACAGGAGGAUACCCGCCGCUUCCAGUCAACCGUGGCCCAAUCGAAGAGUAAGACCGUCUCCAAGAAGUCGCCAUACACCGUCUCCCUCGUGCGCCAGGUUAUGGCUUGUGUGCAGCGCGAGUGCUGGCUGUUGUGGGGUGACAAGACGUCCCUCUACACCAAGUACUUCAUCAUUAUCUCCAACGGUCUUAUCGUCUCGUCCCUGUUCUACGGUGAAUCGCUCGAUACUAGCGGUGCAUUCUCUCGUGGCGGUGCUCUCUUCUUCUCGAUUCUGUUCCUGGGUUGGUUGCAGCUUACUGAGCUUAUGCCUGCUGUUUCUGGUCGUGGUAUUGUUGCUCGACAUAAGGAUUACGCUUUCUACCGUCCGUCUGCUGUCUCAAUUGCCCGUGUGGUUGUUGAUUUCCCCGCCAUCUUCUGCAUGGUUGUGCCGUUUACUAUUAUUGUCUACUUCAUGACCGGUCUUGAUGCUGAUGUUUCCAAGUUCUUCAUCUAUUUCCUGUUUGUGUAUACGACUACCAUCUGCAUCACCUCGCUUUACCGCAUGUUCGCUGCCUUGUCACCGACUAUCGAUGACGCCGUUCGUUUUGCUGGUAUUGGGUUGAACUUGCUGGUUAUAUUUGUCGGUUAUGUGAUCCCGAAGCAGAGCUUGAUUGCGGAUUCGAUUUGGUUCGGUUGGUUGUUCUAUGUCAACCCGAUUUCGUACAGUUACGAGUCGGUCUUAACGAACGAGUUCACCGGCCGUACUAUGCAGUGUGCCCCAUCUCAGUUGGUUCCUCAGGGACCUAAUGUUAGCCCGGAGUACCAAGGCUGUGCCCUGACUGGAUCGACUCUGGGUAGCACUUCUGUUGAUGGAUCGCAGUAUUUGACAACUAACUUCCAGUUCACGCGUCACCAUAUGUGGCGUAACUUUGGUGUCAUCAUUGCCUUCACUGUUCUCUACAUUUUAGUCACUGUCUGGGCUGCUGAGUUCCUGUCUUUUGGUGGUGGUGGUGGCGGUGCGUUGGUCUUCAAGAAGUCUAAGCGUGUUAAGAACAUCACUGCUCCACCCAACAGUAACGACGAGGAGAAGGUCGCUAAUGCUACCGACAAUGCUGCUCUCGCUCAGGGUAAGGGAUCCUCUGGUGAAGAUGCCUCUUUCAACCGUCUGUCCGAGAGUGAGCGCUGCUUCACCUGGGAGAACGUUGAAUACACCGUCCCUUACGGAAACGGAACUCGCAAGCUUCUCAAUGGUAUCAACGGUUACGCUAAGCCCGGUGUCAUGAUUGCUUUGAUGGGUGCCUCCGGCGCCGGAAAGACUACUCUGCUGAACACUCUGGCCCAGCGCCAGAAGACGGGUGUCGUUACUGGAGACAUGCUCGUCGAUGGCCACAACCUCGGACCUGACUUCCAGCGUGGUACUGGUUUCUGUGAGCAGAUGGAUCUGCACGACCAGACUGCGACUGUUCGUGAGGCUUUCGAGUUCUCUGCCAUUCUCCGCCAGCCUCGUGAAACUCCCCAUGCUGAGAAGAUCGAAUACGUCGACCGUAUCGUCAACCUCUUGGAACUUGAGGAUAUUCGGGAUGCCAUCAUUGGUUCUCUCAGUGUCGAGCAGAAGAAGCGUGUCACUAUUGGUGUCGAACUUGCUGCCAAGCCCAGUCUUCUUCUCUUCCUUGAUGAGCCCACUAGUGGUCUCGACAGUCAGGCUGCCUUCUCCAUCGUUCGCUUCCUCAAGAAGCUCUCCCAGGCGGGUCAGGCUAUUGUCUGCACCAUUCACCAGCCCUCUUCCAUGCUUAUCCAGCAAUUCGACAUGAUCCUCGCCCUCAACCCCGGAGGUAACACCUUCUACUUCGGCCCUGUCGGAAAGGAAGGCGCCGCCGUGAUCAAGUACUUCGGCGACCGUGGUUUCCAGUGCCCACCCUCCAAGAACGUCGCCGAAUUCAUCCUCGAGACAGCCGCCAAAGCAACCCGACGCAACGGAAAACAAGUCGAUUGGAACGAAGAAUGGCGCACCUCAGACCAGAACCGCGAGAUGCUGGCCGAAAUCGAACGCAUCCGCACAGAGCGCAGCAAGCUCCCUAUCGAACAAUCAAACGGCACCCAAAACGAAUUCGCCGCGACAACCUACACCCAAACAAUCCAACUCACGAAGCGUCUCUUCGUGAAUCACUGGCGCGACCCAUCCUACUACUAUGGCAAACUCUUCGUCAGCGUCAUCAUCGGUAUCUUCAACGGAUUCACCUUCUGGAUGCUCCCUAACACAGUGGCGUCCAUGCAAGGCCGCAUGUUCUCCGUCUUCCUGAUUAUCCUAAUCCCACCCAUCGUCCUGAACUCCAUCGUUCCCAAGUUCUAUAUCAACCGCGCUCUCUGGGAAGCAAGAGAAUACCCGUCCAGAAUCUACGGCUGGGUCGCUUUCUGUACUGCAAAUGUCGUCUGCGAAAUUCCCGCAGCCAUCAUCUCAGGUCUCAUCUACUGGCUGUUGUGGUACUACCCCGCCGGCUUUCCAACAGACUCCUCAACAGCAGGCUACGUCUUCCUCAUGUCAAUGCUCUUCUUUCUCUUCCAGGCAUCAUGGGGCCAAUGGAUCUGUGCUUUCGCUCCUUCCUUCACAGUCAUCUCGAACGUCCUCCCUUUCUUCUUCGUCAUGGUCAGCUUGUUCAACGGUAUCGUCCGUCCGUACGCCAAUUACCCCGUCUUCUGGAAGUACUGGAUGUACUAUGUUAACCCGACGACCUGGUGGAUGCGCGGUGUUCUCUCGGCUGUUCUGCCGGAUGUCCAGGUUGACUGUGCCUCCCAGGAAGCGACGCACUUCAAUCCCCCACCUGGUCAGAGUUGUCAGGCUUAUGCGGGUGACUUUGUGAGCCAGCUUGCUAAGGUCGGAUACCUUGUCAACCCCGAUGCAACUUCUGAUUGCCAGUACUGUCCUUAUAAGGAUGGUUCGGAGUAUAUGGCCAAUUUGAACGUUCAUGAUGGUGACAAGUGGCGCUGCUUUGGUAUUUUCCUCGCCUUUGUUAUUAUUAACUGGGCUUUGGUUUACUUCUUUAUUUACACUGUCCGUGUGAGAGGUUGGGGAUUCGGUCUUGGAUACAUCUUUGGUGGUGCUGGAUUGAUUGUGGACCGUGUUAAGGGUCUGUUAAAGAGCAAGAAGAGUGUGCAGGCUUGA